CGAUCUUGAUUUACUGAAAAAAAUUAAGAGUAAACAAAUACUCACUCAUAAACAACAAUAGUAAGGGGGCGGUUCAGCAUAGCGUGAAUCAUUGACGAUGCAUUUCUUUUUCGCUUGAAUUAAAUUUCCUCCUGGCUGGAAUUAAAUUGUUGAUUUUCCCCAAGGGAGAGUUUCAAUGAUCGGCAAUGGCGGAAGGGAAGGACAGGGCGCCGACGGUGAACUGGGAGGGCUCAGAGACGGAGAUUAGCGACAGGGGGGAAAUCGCAACGACUGGGGACGGCGGCGAGUCGGAGGCGGGUAGUACGGGGAAGAGCGCGGCGCUGCAAGAGCGGCAGAGUCGGGUUGCGACGGCGAUUUAUUGGGAGAGGUUUCUUCGUGUCACGUCGAUUAGGGUUUUGCUGGUGGAGGAUGACGAUUCCACGAGGCAUAUCGUCAGUGCGCUGCUUGUGAAUUGCAAUUACCAAGUGAUCGCAGCUGCAAAUGGAAGCGAAGCAUGGAAGAUCUUAGAAGAAGAAGAUGUGACAAAGCAGCAGCACAUAGAUCUGGUGUUGUGUGAGGUUGAACUCCCGCAAUUGUCGGGCUUAGAUCUUCUCUGCAAAAUAAUGAGUCACAACACAUGCCGUCACAUUCCUGUCAUUAUGAUGUCGUCUGGGGAUUCGAUAGGGUUGGUUUGGAAGUGCUUGUCAAAAGGUGCAGCUGGAUUCCUGGUGAAACCUAUGAGGAAGAAUGAGCUUAAGAACUUGUGGCAGCAUGUGUGGAGAAGAUGCCACAGUUGCGCCGCUAUUGGGAGCGGUAGUGGGAGAAAUAUGUCAAAAAUAAAAAACGCUGAAGACCCAAAGAAGAUGACAGAGAAUUCGGUUGGUCACGAUUGCACAGGCUGCAAUGGAGAGGACAAGAGAAAGAAGAAACUAAGGGGCAACACUGGUGAGGACGCUGAUGGCGGCAUGCAGCAGCAGGUUCGAUGAUACAUGAUGAUGUGCAAUCAACAAAAUUUUGGGGUUUUUCCUCCCUGCAGUAUAACGUACUUCAAACCGUAAUAAAUAUAAUAUUCCAUGUACAUUUAGAGGGCGUUUUUGUGUGCCGGUGCUUAUUGGCUUAUUGCUGGUAAGCAAUUUUAAUUUAGAAGUUGUUUAUAAGUUAAAUAUUCUUUUGUGGAAAUAAAACGAUUUAAAUUAU